UGCAUUUUUACCAUCUCCUCGGUCCCUCGGAUGCCAGCUGUAACUAUGCAAGCUCACCGACUAUCCCAGCAUGUAUUUAUUUAUAUAUAUACGACGAAUGCCCUUUCCAACAAAUUCAAUACUGAUAUUCGCGAUACAAACGUUUGAAACACCGAACGCAUCUAUUCUUUGACUAGCAUUAUGACAACGGCUGACCUAGUGCUGUACUCGUACUUCAGGAGCUCAUGCUCGUGGCGUGUGCGCAGUGCACUGGCGUGGAAGAAUUUGAACUAUGAGUACGAGGCAGUGAAUCUGCUUAAAGGAGAACAGCUAGGAGAUGAGUACAACAGCACUGCUUCAGCGCCACUCGUGCCCACCUUGAAACAUGGCGAUGUGUCGAUUGGUCAGUCGAUCGCAAUUAUCGAGUAUUUGGAAGAGGUGUUCCCCGAGCGACCGCUACUCCCUGCGAACGAUCCCGCCAAACGUGCACUGAUUCGUGAGAUUGCCUGCAUGAUCGGCUGCGACAUCCAGCCAGUACAAAACCUCCGAGUUUUGAAGUACGUGGGAGCUGAGAGGAAAAUGGACCAUGGUAAACACUGGAUUUCAAAAGGGUUUGAAGCGCUGGAGAAAAAGCUAUCGCUGACAGCCGGCAAGUACUGUGUGGGCGAUAGCGUCACUAUGGCGGAUAUGUUCCUGCCUGCACAAGUAUAUAACGCCAAAAGGUUUGAUGUCGAUAUGUCUGCGUUCCCCACAAUAACUAAAGUCAAUGACGCUCUAUCGAUACUAGACGAGUUCGAAAGAUCGCGACCAGCAAAUCAACCCGACUGUCCGGAAGACCUACGUGCCACUUGUUAAAAAAUAAGUAAAUUUGUACGAAAUAUCAAUUAUGUGGGUGAGUAGUCACGCUCAAAUGACUAGAUCGAUACUCGUGUAUGCGUCACCAGACUAAACAAAUUAUGUUGAAGACGUCCACAAUCGAUCAGUGACGACUUAAUUGGAAUGUGAUAUGCAUUGCUAAAUAAUCCAUGGGCGUAGAAAUUGCGGUGAACUUAUACCUCGCCUACUACCCCUGUUUUGUAGCAAUUGAUAUCGCACUUUACGGAAUCCGUACGCCACUAGAAUGCGAAUGAUAUUCAUGAUCUAGCAGCCCUGCACGCUAACAAUGUGAGAGAAAAGCGGGACUACUGGGGAGAAAUACUUAAAUUGGGUUCUAGUCCCAAGAUGAGAACAGGUUUGAGUCUUGAAUUCGGUCCUUCUAAACAUAGUCUCUCCUGGGAAUAUUUGGAAAAAUUAACACGGAGAAAUCCGGUUCAUGAAUAAAUAUCAGGUCACCUCGUGUACUCC